AUGACGCGUAAGGAGGAUGAGAGCCUGAAUGAGUACGAUCUCGCAACUUCUCGGGACUCCACCGCUAUGCUUCGUUUGAACACCGUGAUAGAAGAGCAAACUCAAGAAGCGAUAAAUGCGGAUGGAGACAUUGAAAAUUCUGAAAACCAUCAAGAAAAUGAUGAAGAAGAGGAUGAAGAUGAAGAAGAAGAAGAAAGAGAAACUGUUGUUCAAGAAAUUGAUUUUAAAUUGGAUGAAUUUCUUCAAAGGUUCGCCAACGUGAAGGUCGUCAAGGCUUUAACACUACUAAUGCAACAAUUCGAAAACAACACAAUCGAACUUAAUCACUAUAUUACAAAAAUGCUACAUCGGAUUGCUUGGGAUUGUAAAAUGCCGGGUAUGAUAUUUCAAGCGUCCAUAUUUCGGAUUUUUCAAAGAAUCCUCGAAUCAAAGGAUCCUGCACAUAAGGAGCUCCAAAAGUUCGCGGUCUUCAUAAUCCGCCAUUUCAUCGAAGUCGCCCAGAAGAACCGGAAGUCGUAUAUGGAGCUACUCUUCUGGAAGACUACCCGCGACGCGACAGAAAUCGUGGAUGGUUACAACGCGGAAACGACUAACAAGAAAGUUUCACGAGCGACCUGGACGGAGGCGGAAGAGGACGAGCUACGUACCCUCUUCAUGGAGCAUCAGACUAACAAAUAUCCUCAAGAUUUAAUUGAUUGGCUAUUGGAGCAUGUCAUCAAUGAAAAUAGAACACGACGUACCAUCAUUAAGAAACUCAAGGAGAUGUGCUUGAUCGUCAAUUCUAAGGGCGUGCGAGCUGAGGUGCAAAAGAGAUUACCUAAAGAGUGGUCUGAAGAAGAAAUCGCCCAGCUUACAGAACUUUGGACACAGUUCAAAGAUGAUGAUGAUCCCGUGGAUUUGAUUUUCAACGAACUUAGAAUAAAGCGACCGAAGCCGAAGAUCAAGGAGAAGCUUCUGGAAUUAGGAUUGGUGCAGGAUCGCAAAGAGUUGCGCAAAAAGCGAUCCAGAAAGAGCAACCAGGGUAAAUCGUCGUGGGAAACGCAAGCUGCCAGUAAUUCUGACGGGAACGAAAGUUCAGCCACCAACGACGAAGAUGGCGAAGAAACUCGAAAAUCCUCGAAGCGCGGCGCGCCUCGACGAAGUGAGGAGCCGAUAAAAAAGAAGCAAUGGAACAGGAGGAAGCUACCGACGAUCGUUUACACGGAUGCACAAUUAUCCGGUCUCUUGAAGGACGUCAUCGACGGGAACAUGGGAGAGGCGUUGGAAUGGAUCAAGGAAUCUCUGCAAGACGUUUUGGACGAACGUGACGAAGAGAGCUCCGAGGGCAUACCCUUGGUGCCACUGACAGAUUACUCGUUGGCCGCGAUGGAUUCACCGAGUUUUCAAAAGCUCCUUCGCGCCAUGGGAUUUGUGCCACCGGCUGAUGGCCAGGAAUCUUACUGGCGUAUCCCAGCGAAUAUACUUACAACCAUACUUCAAAAACGCUACAAACUCAUCGAAGACGCUUUAGCCGGCGAAUUCAUUGUUGAGGAAACGCGUAAAGAUCAUUCCGAUACUGAUGAAAAGAUGGAUGAUGACAGCGAAGAUGAUAUCGAUGUGUUCGAGCACGUUAAAAAGUUCUUUGCGCCCAGAGAACCAAAACCAUCAACUUCCGAACAGUCAGAAAUAUCCACUAAAAUUCAAUCACAGAAAUCUAAAACAUUGACAUUAAACAACAAAAGUGAUGAAACAGAAGUUACAGAAAAAAAUGAUGAAGUAGAAAUUAUAGAAAAAAAUGACGAAGCGAAAGUUCCAGUAAAAACAAAUAAAGAAAGCAUAAGCAAGAUGAGAAAUCGAAUAAGGGUGCUCGACGAUUCCUCUGAAUCGGAAAUGGAAAUUGAAAGAGAUGUCGAUGAUAAGAACGACGACAUAAAGAGAGAUAGAUCCGAUUCUUCAUCUGAUAAGGAUAAACCGUCUACUAAGAAACGUCGACUACUCGAUAGUGACGAGGAGGAAGAGCCGCUAAGAAGUAAUUAUACCGAAGCAAGUGGCGCUCGCGUAAUAAUUAGCGAUGAUGAAGAAUCAUUACCCAAUGUUCGAUCUGAACGGCCCGCAUUAUCUCGCAUAAUAAUAAGCGUCGAAGAAGAUUAGGAGAAUUUAUAUAUUCGUUAUUCUAGAUA